AUGGCGCAUGCUUGGUUGGAUUCCCUCUCGGAGGACUGGGUCUCCCAGCCGGCAUCAGACGCAUCUGAUGGACAGCUUCCGCCGCUUCCGCCGCCACAUGAGAUCGAGACACCACAACUAAAACAGUUCGCGAGCCGGAUACCGCGCAGGGCUGGAAACAGGUCGUCGUUGCCUUCGACUGGAGGCAAUAGUCCCAGUGUCCUGAGCGAACGUAGCGCCAACGACAUUAACAUCUCCAUGAAGAGGCUGCCCUCGAAGCUGUCGCAAGGACUCAGAGCAGACGCAUCGCCAUCUACUUCGAAUGAGACGAACGCAUCUGUCGUUCACAACAGACUUCCAGGUCAAAGAUCCCCAGACAAGAAUGCCGACACCCCGGAAUGGAAGAGGCGCUUGGUAUAUGGUGACGUCGCGUACGGCGAACAACGAGACCUCUUUAGCUCAGCUGCAGUUGGCCUUCAGGAUAUGUUCAAGCCUCCUCAAGAAGGCGAAGAGAGGUCGAGACUCGGUGGUGAUGUGUCUCGCCAUGUCGACAUGACGAUGCCGUCCAGUCCUCCAACUUAUCCGCAACCUGUAACUGAAGAAGAUCUUGGCGAAUUUCCAGGUUUUGACGAGGACGAAGAGUGCCCUGUGGACGUCACCCCGAGCCCGAGCCCCAGACGCCUGCAAAAAGAAAUUAAUUACAAACUGAAUGAAAGUUCGCCAGUUCCCGACUCUUAUAAAACGAGCCAACGUCGAGGCGACCACACUCCAGAGCGGCAAACUGCAGAUGAAAUAUACCGCGAUGAAAGCUGUCUGACUGCUCCGCCUGAAAGACACGCCGCACUAAGAAAACCCAGCUGCCAGAACGAUGCUCGAAAUGAAGAUUUCAGCCCCAUCUUGAUCGGCAAACACAGUGGCGAAGACGGAAAUGCGAAUUUUGCUGCAGUCGACGUUCCUGUCGACCAGCUCUGGCAGAAGCUGGAGCGACUACGGGUAAAUCAAAUGCUUCUUGAUUCCCAGGCAGAUCUUCAGGCUGGUUUGGAUGCAAGUCCCAGAUCUCCAGCCAAGGCUGACACGACCGAUGAUUAUAUUCAGAACGGAGGCUUUGUCAACGUGCAACGUGGAGGGAGAUCUGACGAUGGCUCGUUCUACAAGAGAGCUUUAAGUUCAGAACUCGGUGCAGACACAUCGCAGAUGCUCGGAGAGGAGUCAUUACAAGCUAGUACUCCUAAACAAUUCCCCUCGGUGCGGAAUCUUGGAACGAACCCGUACCCUACGUUUCAGGUCGCGGAAAGUCCAUCUAUGCCUCGGGCACCCUUCCCCAGUCCUGACAAGAAGCAACCUGAGCCUGAUCAGACUCGUCCAGCGGCAGCUAGCCCCCUGAAAUUAUUUGGCCCCUACGACACAUUUACCAACGAAACGUUACUGAGGCGCAUCAACCAGUUUGAAGAGAAAUCAGGCAGUCCAUCCCAAAAUAUUGACCGGCAACCUGAGGAUGAAAGCGCACCAUCGGCAUCAGUCUCCCAGAUGAGAAAUAUUAGCAAAUUUGGCGGGGGCGACUUGGACGGAUUUGAAUUUCAUGGCGACCUAUGCGACGAAAGCUACGAGGAUUCUGGCCAUUUCGGCAAAGAAAACGUUGCGCCAAACGAGUCCUCCCUUCCACCAUAUCCGCUCCGAGGAGGUCGAGUGCAGGAUUCUCCUCCUGACGGCUACUCUGGUCUAGUCGUUGAGCGGAAGCGUAGCAAAAACGAAUCCAUGUUUCGUGAAGGAGAUGAUGAAAGUCCCAAGUCACCAAAUGAGGCACCUGGUGCCUUUGAAUCGCCUGUACGGGAUCCCGGGUCAGAGAGCAAGCGGCCGCGUACUUCUCCUUCGAAAAACCCUACACCAAAACGAAGGCGAACACUUCAUCGAUCCGAUAUUGCAUUUGGCCGAGAGCAUAAACCAGAAGCAGUUGGUGCGACUCAUCUGCCGAUGCAUUCGCUAUCAUCGAGCAAAAAACGCAAGGAUGCGCUGCCGGGCCAAUUUGAAGUAGCAAACCCCAACAUUCUAGCUAUGAGAUCUAUGCUGCAUCCACGAAGCCCAACUUCUAGCAGAAGUUCGUCAGUGUCAUAUGGCCGAGCCCAGAAGUCACCUCUCCGGGGUCCCGAAAACGAGAUUCCGACCCCUCCAAGUGAUGCUCCGACUGAGACGGACCGCAAACCAUCUAUUCGCACCCAAGAUUUUGUGGACCAAGCGGCUCAGAUAAUGGCUAUGAUCCGAAACCAAGUGCGGCCAGAGCUGGCGAGUCUUGAAGAGUCCGAGGACUGUGUUGAGGCAGAAGAUGGACGAGCGUCAGCUGCGGACUCAAACCAGGAUUCUACAAGCGAGCCUUUCUCCCGACCGCCUAGCAGGGAUGGGCCUGCCAGACCUUGGCUGGCCCCGCGUCAAGACAACCCGGAGUUGGUGAAUCGGCUGAAACAAUAUCAAGAGUUUAGCGACAUGGGCGAUGUCAUUUUAUCUUCGUUGAGAUCCAUGGGGCCCGCCAAGAACGCCGGGCUGGCGGCACAGGAACUGGAGCGACAAGUUGAUGAACAAAAUCAGCAGCGACCCAAUAUCAUUCCGAUCCCCGUCCGGGGUGAAGUAAUUAGCGAUCUUCCAAACGUGCGGAUCACCAGUAAUUCUCUUGGCAAUCCGGAACAGAGGCGCUCGUCACAAGAGUAUCCUUCACAUUCAUCAAACAGAUCUACAAGUCAAAAUUACCCAUCGGCGUCGUCAAGGGGAUCUGAAUCUAGACGCAUAAUUAUGCCAGAGAGCGUAUCUCAUUUAAUUCCCGACAAAGUUGGCAGCAUGUGUUUGGAUAAAGACAAGAACGUGUGGAUCAAGAGAAAGGAGUCGACGUCGUUGCCGGAACGUAAUAUUCUACCCUCGGAGGACAGUGAGGAAGAUCCGUUCGCCAGCAUUCCUGAUCUUUCAGUUGACAUGACGAGGGAGAUGCAAAAUCUCAGACUCGCCACUGCCGGCAAGGGGCCACUGACAGAAAAACCCGAAGAGCGAGCCUCGCCAAAGAGUCCCUCUGGACAAGCGGCGAGCCGAGGCUAUGUUACUUUGCCACCCGGUCAGCAUACGAGUCCGCGAGUAGGGGUUCCCGCGAGCGAAGCAUCUGACAAACUUGAGAGUUUCUCCAACUGCCGUAAAGGGCAUGCUGAGGUCAAAGCCCAAGCUGGCUAUCACAGAGAAAAUAAUAUUCAUUCGUCGAUAAAGCGCCGGAACCUUACCAUCUCGUUCUCUUCACCAAUUGCAUCUGUUAUUCACGACCUAUCCCCGGAAGACCUGGAUAGUAUUGAGGAACCAGACGGCCAGGACGAAGCCGGCAAUGCUGAAGUGUCAAAUCAUACAUCACCACGCAAAUCCCCUUCACAGGCGGAAGCUAGACCACAGAAUUUAUCGCAGCAUGUUCGUGCAAACCCCAGCCAAGCCCCAUUGAGGCAGGCGUCUCUCCGUGUGCCAGCUUUCAUACCUCGUCCUGUAUCUCGUAUUGACGAGCAAGACGAAGAGAGCACCGUGGAGUUUGCAAAUGAAGACCGCCAACUUAGCAUCAUUGGUGAGAAAAGCAUGAUUAACCACAAGACGCCAAGUGAGCGGCGAGCCAGCCUGGGCUUCGUUUUCGGCCAAACACCGGGCAAAAGGGCACUCGCUCUGACAGCCGAGGACAGUGAGAUUAUCGGACGAAAUGUUGGUAAGCUGUCACUGAGCCCGCUCUCCGAGUUUACUCUCAACAAUGCCGACCAGUCUUUUGGAUUUGAGGUCAGCUACGUGAUGGGUCCUCGACACAUGACUACAGGGGACGGCUCUGAUAAAGUUUUGUCCAUGACGAUAAGAGAACUGGUGGACCGAAUCAGUGAAGCAGAGCCUCAUGAAUCCUUUUGGGAAGAUCUCACGGAGCUUGACCUUCACGACAAGCGUCUUGCCAGCCUUCACAUGUUGGACGAGUUUUGCGGCAAGCUGGUCACGCUUGACGCGUCGGACAAUAAGCUGAACCACUUGGAAGGUGUGCCUUCAACCAUUCGAGAGCUCAAGGUGUCUCAAAACUUGUUGACGGAGUUGACGUCGUGGGACCAUCUGAUGAACCUGCAAUAUGUGGACAUAUCAGGCAAUGAGGUUACGAGUCUGUCGGCCUUGAAGAACCUGGUCCACCUGCGAAGUAUCAAGGCUGAUAAUAACCAGCUUACUAGUCUGGACGGCUUGGACGCUCACGACGGCUUGUUGCAUGUGCGGGCCAGGAACAACGUGAUUGACCGAGUCGAUUUCGCGGCGUCCCGAUUUGUACGGCUUGAGGAGCUGGACCUGGGCGGCAAUCGGAUCAGCUCUGUGCAAAACCUCGAGAUGCUUCCGGCGCUGGCUCGUCUAAAGCUGCCCAGGAACAGACUGACUGCUCUUCCCGUGGCAGGACGCAUGAAGUCGCUGCGACACCUUGAUGUCAGUGAUAACGAGUUGGUUACGCUAGACAUUUCUGCCUUCCCUAACCUCCAUUCAAUGCAUGCCGACAGAAACCACAUAAACCGGGUGUGUGGAUUUGAGCGGACUCGUCGACUGGACAGUCUAUCUCUCCGUGAGCAAGGAGGAAAAGUUGCCCUGGAUCUCGGCUUUCUGUCUCGCGCAUACGAAGUUCGCAAGCUAUUUUUGUCAGGCAACUACAUGCCAGAAUUUGAGCCGCGGGUUGAUUUUCUCAACAUGCAGCUUCUCGAGCUGUCCAACUGCGGGCUGCAGCGACUCCCAGGCAAAAUGGGCCAGUUGAUGCCAAAUCUGCGAACGCUAAACAUCAACUUCAACGCGCUAAGUGACUUGUCGCCUCUGCAGUUCAUCCCCCGGCUCAAGAAGCUCCUCGUGGCGGGGAACAGACUAGCCGAUUCGACGCGUGUAACGCAACUGCUGUUACAGUUCCCCCAUUUGACGCAGCUGGACGUUCGCGAUAACCCAAUGACGCUCGGGUUCUACGCGCCACUGCAAGUUUUGGUCCCGACAGACGGCUCCGGUGUGGUGAAUCCGUUUGUGCUGCCCGAGGGCGACGUUGCUAGGGACAACUUGUUUGCAAGCAGGCUAGACGACACCACAAAACUGCGAAGACGGCUGCAUCAAGUUGUAAUCGUCGCGAGCUGUGGACGGAUACGAAUGCUGGACGGCCUUGCUGUCCGUCGACGAGACAUUCUGGCGCGGGAUCAGGUGCUACAAAAACUGAUUCAUGAGGGGCUCGUCCCCGACCCGGAGCAGCUACAGGUGCAAGAGGAGGAGGCCAAGGCCGUUGACCCGAAUCUCAAUGGCCGGGAUGCAAUCGACGAAGAGACAAUGGCGGAUGAACAAGCCAGAGCACAGCUUGAGGAGGAAGCCGAAACAGCGUGGCACAAUACUAUUUAUGAAAAGCAGUAG